GAGGUGUUGACGCGGAUUGUUGCUGUCAACUGUCAACUCUACGGCGACUAGAGAGGCAACAAAGCACAUCGGUGGAUUACUAAGCGAUUUAUUACGGGCUCUGGUUUCUUCAGUGGGGAAGUCUCAGCGUUGUGUUUGCGGGCAGUGAGUGAGUUGGUGCGUGUCGCACCGUCUUGCAGCGAGAGCGAUGUCUUCAGAGCUGCUGGUCGAUCUGGGCGAUGAACCUGCGACUGCUCAGUUAGGACAGCUGAAGCUGGCCACCAUAGAAGACCAGCAGUGGCCCGCUGAUGAGUCCACUUACAGCAAAUCGGAGACAGACCUCUCUCAGCCCUUCAAUGCCGGCUCUCCUCACCUUCCCUGGGAUCAUCCCUUCUAUGACAUCGCCAGGCACCAGAUCAUUGAAGUGGCAGGUGAUGAUCACUUUGGCAGGAAGGUGAUCGUGUUUAACGCCUGCAGGAUGCCUCCACAGCACCAACUGGACCAUCACAGACUGCUCAUGUAUCUUAAAGGAACUCUGGACCAGUAUGUGGAGAGCGACUACACGCUGAUUUAUUUCCAUCAUGGGCUGACAAGUGAAAACAAACCGUCUCUAGGCUGGCUACGAGAAGCGUACAGAGAGUUCGACAGAAAAUAUAAGAAGAACAUCAAGGCUCUGUAUAUCGUCCAUCCAACCAUGUUCAUCAAGACGCUGUUGAUCCUCUUCAAACCGAUCAUCAGUUUUAAAUUUGGCAGGAAGAUCAACUAUGUGAGUUAUCUGAGCGAGCUGGAGGACGUGGUGAAGUGUGAGCAGCUCGUCAUCCCGGCUCGAGUCAAAGAUUAUGACAACAAGUUACGAUCGUCUAUGAAACCGACUGCCGUGCCGCCCAUGUCUCCUCCUCGCAGCCCCCCUCUCCCUAACCAGGUGUUUGGAGUGCCGCUCACACUGCUCAGACAGAGGAGUCCUGAUGACGAUUGUGUUCCUGUGGUGAUGAGAGACACCAUCAGCUUCCUGUCAGAGCAAGGUUUGGAGAUUGAGGGGAUCUUUAGACGGUCGGCUAAUGUGACUCUGGUGAAGGAGAUUCAGCUCAAAUACAACUCAGGUGAGUCAGUAGAUUUCAGAGAGAUUGAAGACGUCCACUUGGCCGCUGUGAUCCUGAAAACUUUCCUCAGAGAACUACCCGAGCCUCUGCUCACCUACCAGCUCUACAACGACAUUGUCAACUUCGCCUCUGUAUCAGAAGACAGCCAGGUAACAGUCAUGAAGACGUUGGUGGAGUCACUGCCAGAGGAAAACUACGCUUCGCUGCGAUACCUCAUCACAUUCCUGGCUCAGGUAUCCGCCAACAGCGAGAUCAACAAAAUGACCAACAGUAACCUGGCCGUCGUCUUCGGUCCUAACCUGCUGUGGGGGCGGGACAACGCCAUGUCACUCAGCGCCAUCGGGCCGAUCAACAACUUCACCAGAACCCUGCUGGACCAACAGCAUCUGGUCUUUCCCUAAGCCCCGCCCGCUUCACCCUGCAGUCUCUCUUUCCAAGUACAGCACACAUCCCUUGCUCUUCUACUUCAGAUUCAGUGUUUAGCUCCGACCAAUCAUGUCGAUCUGGGUACUUUAUCUGCUUCUUCAUUAAAAACAACACAAACUGCA